AUGAAGGAGAUUUACGUGGAGAAACAGGCCGAGGUCGGAAGAUCCUGCACCUCUGCAGCUGAGAAGGACACGGGAGGAGCAGAGCAGAGAGAGAAGCAGUACCGGGCCCACCGCGGCUUUGGAGACCGCCGUGGUGGGGUCAUCAGCGCCCGUACGUACUUCUACGCAGAUGAGGCCAAGUGUGACCAGCAUAUGGAGAUCUUCCUGCGCUGUAUCGAUGCCUCGGGCGGCAGCUCUGAGGACGGCUUCUCAGCCAUCAAGCUGACGGCCCUGGGCAGGCCGCAGUUCCUGCUGCAGUUCUCGGAGGUGCUGGUGAAGUGGCGGAGGUUCUUCCACCAAAUGGCUGCAGAGCAGGGCCAGGCUGGGCGGGCAGCCCUGGAGACGAAGCUGGAGGUGGAGAAGUUGCAGGAGGCCCUGGCCAAUCUUGGCAUUGCGACCAAAGCAGAGAGUCAGCACUGGUUCACGGGCGAGAACCUGGGCCUGAGCGGCACUGUGGACCUGCUGGACUGGAACAGCCUCAUCGACAGCCGCACCAAGCUCUCCAAGCUGCUGCUGGUCCCCAACAUGAAGACUGGCCAGCUUGAGCCCCUGCUCUCGCGCUUCACGGAGGAGGAGGAUCUGCAGAUGAAACGGAUGCUGCAGAGGAUGGACGUCCUUGCAAAGAGGGCCGCAGAGAGCGGCGUGAGGCUCAUGGUGGACGCAGAGCAGUCCUACUUCCAGCCAGCCAUCAGUAGGCUCACCCUGGAGAUGCAGCGUCGCUUCAACAGGGACCGGGCCGUCAUCUUCAACACCUAUCAGUGCUACCUGAAGGAGGCUUAUGACAAUGUGACUGUGGACGUGGAGCUGUCACGCCGGGAGGGCUGGCACUUUGGCACCAAGCUGGUCCGUGGUGCCUACAUGGAGCAGGAACGCAACAGAGCUGCCCAGAUUGGCUAUGAGGAUCCCAUCAACCCCACCUAUGAGAAGACCAAUGAGAUGUACCACAGGUGCCUGGACUAUAUCCUGGAGGAGAUUAAGCACAGCCGGAAAGCCAGUGUGAUGGUAGCAUCUCACAACGAGGACACGGUCAAGUUCACCCUGCGCAGGAUGAUGGAGCUGGGGAUCCAUCCCUCGGAGAAGAAGGUGUCCUUCGGGCAGCUGCUGGGCAUGUGCGACCAAAUCACAUUCCCACUGGGCCAGGCAGGCUUCCCCGUCUACAAGUAUGUGCCCUAUGGCCCAGUGAACGAGGUGCUGCCCUACCUGUCCCGGAGGGCCCAGGAGAACAGGGGCUUCAUGAAGAGAGCGAACCGAGAGCGGGACCUGCUCUGGAGCGAGUUCAAGAGACGGCUCUUUGCAGGAAGCCUCUUUGGCCCCAACCACUAACUACCCCGUCCGCCGGGAUCCAGAUGUGCCACUUGGCCCAG